AUGAAGAACAAGUUGUUUUUUUGCUGGGAUGGUUCCUAUUGUACUGCCACCCAUUUCAUGACCCUAGAAAAUGAAAAAAAGCCAGUGGUUUUUAAGGAUUUGAGAAAAAUUUGGGAGCGUUGUGAUCCUAAUCUUCCAUGGGAGAAAGGAUACUACAAUGAAUCCAACACAUUACUGUUGGAUGAUUCUCCUUACAAAGCAUUACUUAAUCCUCCGCACAACUCGGUCUUUCCAUUUACAUUUGAUCCUUGCAAUAAAAAUGAUAAUUCACUAGCUAUUGGAGGUGAUCUGCGGGAAUAUCUACAUGGAUUGUCAAAUGCUGAAAAUGUUCCUAAGUAUGUAGAGCAACAUCCAUUUGGGCAAAUACCUAUUAAUAAUACACAUGUAUCUUGGGAAUUCUACCGCAAGAUUAUAGCUAGUAUUGAUAAAAAU